AUGCACGGAGCCGCCCGCGCUCCGGCCACCAGCGUGAGUGCCGAUGGCUGCAUCCCGGCCGGCCUGCGCCUCGGGCCAGUGCCCGGAACCUUCAAGCUGGGCAAGUACCUGUCAGACCGCAGGGAACCCGGGCCCAAGAAAAAGGUGCGCAUGGUGAGAGGGGAGCUUGUGGACGAGUCGGGGGGCUCCCCCCUGGAGUGGAUAGGGUUAAUCCGGGCAGCCAGGAACCCCCAGGAACAGACUCUGGAAGCUAUUGCAGACUUACCUGGAGGACAGAUCUUCUACCGAGCGCUUCGAGACGUCCAGCCAGGGGAGGAGCUGACCGUAUGGUAUUCCAACUCCUUGGCGCAGUGGUUUGACAUCCCCACGAUUGCAACCCCAACUCACGACGAGAAAGGGGAGGAGCGCUACAUUUGCUGGUAUUGCUGGAGGACGUUUAGAUACCCCAACAGCCUUAAGGCGCACCUACGUUUCCACUGCGUGCUCAGCAGCAGCGGGGGCCGCGCCUACCUGCACCCCGAGCACGCGACCCGCCAAGGCGCCGCCCCGGCCACGGAUGGCCUCCGCCUCUCCCCGAAACCCCCGGCGCCAGACUUCGCUGCGGCCGCCCCGGCGGGCACUCUUCGGCCCCACCCGCAGGUGCCGCCGGCCCUCCAGGCUUGCGGAGCGCGGGACAGCAUCAAGCGCGAGGCCUCCCUCGCGCCCUCGGCCACCUCGCCGCCCCCGGCCAGGUGGGGGCCGUCCAAGAAGGGCAAGGAACAGCCGGACCGCGCCCUGGACACGAGCGGUGCCGCCCGGGGACACAGCCACUUUCUCGGCAUCGUGGGCGGUUCCCCAGCCGGGGGCGGCGGCUUGGCGUUCUACCCCGGCGUGCGCUCGGCUUUCAAGCCCGCUGGCUUGGCCAGGGCCGCCGCAGCCGUGCACGGCGACCCCUACCGGGAGGAGGGCGGCGGCAAACCGGGGGCCGGCCUGGCCUUAAGCAGGCUGCUGGGCGGGGGCCGGGCGGGCGUACGCCCGGGAAGCCGGGAGAACCCGGCGGCGACGGGCGGCGGGGGCCACCACCAUCACCACCACGCGCACCACCACCACCACCCCAAGUGCCUGCUGGCGGGGGACCCGCCGCCGCCUCCCGGCCUGCCCUGCUCGGGGGCUCUGCGCGGCUUCCCUCUGCUCCCGGGGCCCCCGGAAGAGGCGUCCGCCUUCAAGCACGUGGAGCGCGCCCCGCCCGCCGCCGCCGCCGCCGCCGCGGAGCUGCCGGGAGCGCGUUACGCGCAGCUGCCUCCGGCGGCCGGGCUGCCCCUCGAGCGCUGCGCGCUGCCCCCCCUCGACGCGGGCGGCCUCAAAGGCUACCCAGGUGGCGAGUGCAGCCACCUGCCCGCCGUCAUGCCAGCCUUUACCGUCUACAACGGGGAGCUGCUGUAUGGCGCACCGGCCGCCGCCGCGUAUUACCCGCUCAAACUGCACUUCGGCGGGCUGCUCAAGUAUCCCGAGUCCCUCUCCUACUUCAGCGGGCCCGCGGCGGCGGCGGCGGCGGCCGCUCUGAGCCCGGCCGAGCUGGGCUCCUUGGCUAGCAUCGACCGAGAGAUCGCCAUGCACACGCAGCAGCUGUCGGAGAUGGCGGCCGGGAAAGGCCGCGGCCGUCUGGACGCGGGGACGCUGCCCCCGGCCGUCGUGGCGGCGGGUGGCGCUGGGGGCGGCGGCGGGGGCGGCGGCGCGGGCAAGGCCAAGACGGGCCACCUGUGCCUCUACUGCGGCAAGCUGUACUCGCGCAAGUACGGGCUCAAGAUUCACAUGCGGACGCACACGGGCUACAAGCCGCUCAAGUGCAAAGUGUGCCUGCGGCCCUUCGGCGACCCCAGCAAUCUCAACAAGCACAUCCGGCUGCACGCCGAGGGCAACACGCCCUACCGCUGCGAGUUCUGCGGCAAGGUGCUGGUGCGCCGCCGGGACCUGGAGCGCCACGUCAAGUCCCGCCACCCCGGCCAGAACCUGCUGGCCAAGGCGGCCGACGGCGCGGGCGCGGGGCCUGACUACCCCCCGGAGCCGGGGGAGCCCAAGAGCGACAGCGACGUGGACGUCUGCUUCACCGACGACCAGAGCGACCCUGAGGCCGGGGGCGGUGGCGAGCGCGGCUCAGCCGAGAGGGCGGUGAUUGGCUGCUCCCGUUUAGUUCGGGCGCUCCCAUUGGUUCAUCCCUUGGAGCCAGAGUUGCUAUUGGUGGCGGGCUGGUCGCGCGCGAAGGUCCGGGCAGGCGCUGCCUCGCGAGAAUGCCGGGCCAGGUGGCCGCAUCGCUGCUGGGGUGAGUGUCGCGACGUCAGCCUGUGUGUGUGUGUGUGUGGCCCUCUUGAGGCUUCCAGCUUCGCUCUCCCUGGGAACGAGGGUUUCCAGGGCUGGGUUCCGGGCAGAAGAGGGGGAGUCUCGCCGCGUUUAGGUGUACAGUCCGGGAGCCUGGUAGCGAGAGAGACACGGGAGCCUCCCCCGCCCCGCGCCCAGCAGGCGGCCGGGGGAGUCCCAGGCGCGGAACCAGUGCUUGUUUCGGUGGCCCCGGCCGGCGGUGGCGGGGAGCUGCGGCACCAGCGCUGUGCGCCCUCGCCAUCUGCUGCUUCCCCAAAGGGAAGAGCGCAGAGGCGCUGGCGCCGUCGGGAGGUCAGACGUGACCCUUGGCCACCCAGGUGUGGGAUCUGA